CAAUUAAUAUCAGAUGUAGUAUUUCAUCCUUUCAAAAUAUCAAUUGACAAUCUUUCAGUUUUAAUCAUAAAGUUAGGUAUUUCAGAUGAUGAUUCCGAUAAUUUUAUUGGAUAUCAAUCAAGGUUGGUUGCAAAUUAUAGCGAUAUUUCACCAAACGAGGUUUGGAAGAAAGUGGGAAUAUUGAAAAAUUAUAGCAGAAAAAUUUUAUUUGGGAUUAAUCAUCAAGAUACAAUUGAUACAUUAGAAAAUUAUGUGGAAUGA